CGACUUUCUACCACCGGUACCUUACACCGACCAUCUACUACUUGCCUACCCCUUGUCUUUAACACGCACCAUAUAGCCCUGGUAUUUUUCUCUUGUAACCCACCACUUACAGUACAGUGUAUAGGGAACUGUUAUCAGCUGCUUGGUAAACAGAGAUAAUCAGUAAGGUAAAGAAUAUUUUUCUGCUGAUAAGAAUUCCCCUUAAGAAUUCUCGCCAAAGAAGUACAACAAAAUCCAUCCAGACUUGUAUUCCGCUCCUGGCCGCGGCAGACUUACAUUCACAGCUCUCCCCACACUGGGAUAUUAAAGAAGAAAGAUGGCCCUUGGACUGAGACUAGUGUUCCUUAUGGCACUAAUAGCAUCAUGUGCAAACGGUAAGAAAAGAUGGCACUAGAGAUAUAUUAAGAUAUAUGUGAAUAGUUAUAUAAUAACACAAGGUAAUAUAUAUAAAGAGAGAGAUUUAACAAUGGAAGCAUUUAACAGAAAGAGGAUGAGUUUUGAUUGGUGGAUUUAAAGCAUUUAGUCCAGACAGGGUAGCGAGCAGUGUCACGGUUUCCUUGGAUACAGCCAAUGCUGUUUAAAAAUGUUAAUUUAAGAUCAUUGAUGUAGACCUUCCUUCUGACUAGGGAGACAGUCAAUGAACUGUGAUUUGUGGUUCGCUGUAAACGAACUACUUGACAACUUGCAAACAGCCGAACACAGCUGAGACGAAUUGGGAGAUUAAUCCAGCUAAACUAUCAGGGGCUCAGUUUUUGAAACUUGUUACCUAAAAUAUAAAUAUUUUUUUGUUUAUUGGAUUCAUUCACAUAACACCACAUUGUAGUGGACUAAAAUGCAGUUGAAAAAAUCAGGCAAAAAGAGCCAUGUUGUGACUUUUGCAUAAUUAGUGAAUUUUCCAAAUCAGCUGAUUUUUUCCAGUUUUUGCAAUUCGGUUUUCAAUUCUGCACAAUUCAGUAUUUAGCGACUAUGCCUUAUUGAUUUCAUUAGCCAGAUAUCCAAAUAAAAUUCAUUAUCCAUCAGGACGCAUUGUACUAUUUCCCUAAGGAUAAAUAAUCUGCUCUUCUUAUUAUUUUACAAUUUGUCAUAUAAUUCCAUUUUAUAAGAAUUAUUUCUGAUGUUUACAGAUUUUUUAUUUUUUUUGCGGGGGGAAUGGUACUUUCUAUAACUGAAUCACAGAUAUCUCUUAAAUUAAAACAGGCUACAGUUUAUCCACUAAACAUCACAUUUAGCAAACUAUAAGGCAAAUUGCUAAAUGUACGCAAAAAAGUGCAGAUUUUUAAAAAUUCUACAGCUCAGACAUGACAUGUUUAUCAAAAAUCAUCAUUUUUAACUCGUGGCAAUUUUGAUUUUAGUAAAUAAACCCCAAAUGUAAUUAACACGCUAAGCAGCAUAGCAUGGCAAACUAAAAAGCUUGGAUUUGUUCCCUUUAGAUCAAAAGUGAUAAAAUUCCCCCACAUUUCCAACCUGGAUAUUUUGAACUCCGUUUUGCAGUGUUAGUAAUAAAUAUGCUGAAAUAUACCAAAACGAAUGAUUCCGGGUUUGACAUAUAUGUGUAAAUGUUAUCUUAUAGAGUUUAGCUUAAAAAAAACAAUUUCCACUGUGUAUCUGUGUAUAUUUACUUUUUAUGCUAAAAUACAGCACCUACCAUGUUGCAUAAAAGAUCCAUCAUUAAAUGCUCGAUGAUCUACCGGAUGAUUUCUUUAAAGCACAGUGAUUUUCAGCACUCCAUAUAUUGUGGACUACACCUCCCAUAAUAAAUUAUAGCCAUAAUGCUGCAAAGCUUCAGUUUAGAUGUGGUCCAUAAUAUCUGGAGUGCCGAAGGUUGCCUACCCCUCAUCUGUACUCUUCCCAGUCACUUUGUCUGAACUUAUUCUUAAAGGACCACUAUAGUGCCAGGAAAACAUACACGUUUUCCUGGCACUAUAGUGCCCUGAGGGUGCCCCCACCCUCAGGGUCCCCCUCCCGCCCGGCUCUGGAAAGGGGAAAAGGGGUAAAACUUACCUUUUUCCAGCGCUGGGCGGGAGCUCUCCCUCCUCCCCGCCCUCGGCCGGGCUGACGAGCACGCUGCAAGAGCUGCACGCGCAUUCAGCUCAUCACAUAGGAAAGCAUUCAUAAUGCUACGCUUAUGCUCUCACUGUGAAAAUCAGGAGAAGUAAGCGCUUCAGUGGCUGUCAAUGAGACAGCCACUAGAGGAUUAGGGGGAAGGCUUAACCCAUUGAUAAACAUAGCAGUUUCUCUGAAACUGCUAUGUUUAUGAAAAAAUGGGUUAACCCUAGCUGGGCCUGGCACCCAGACCACUUCAUUAAGCUGAAGUGGUCUGGGUGCCUAGAGUGGUCCUUUAACUGAGAAGAACCUGCCGUUUUCUUAGAAGAACCCAUGACAUCAAUCAGUGGAACAUAAGAGUUUAGAGGUGUUUGGGAUUCAGAAUGUCUUUGCUAUAGAGACAAGAAGUUAAUUUCAAGGGGAGCUGGUUUCUCUGGAAUUUGUGCCAUUGAAUUAAACAAUGAAGAUCACCUAUAACAGGGGCCGGCAUGGGAUAGGCGACCUUUAGCACUCCACAUGUCGUAGACUACAGCUCCCCUGAUGCUUUGCAUCAAUACUGUCUUAAGAGCAUUAUGGGAGAUGUAGUCCGGAACUUGUGGAGUGCAGAAGGUUGUCUCCCCUGAUGUAUACAUUCAUUUGUAUUACGUAAGUCUCUCAAUUUUCAUUAAAAUGUAGCAAAUGUCAUCAUAAUCCAGCUCAGUUCUAGCAAAGCUGAGGCAAGCAUUGCAAAUAAACCGGGGAAUAAGAGACAUUAUUUUAUUUUCUCCUCCUCUCUGUAUGCGCUCUCUAUACUGACAAAGGGCGUAGCUUAUAAGAAUGAUUGACAGGGAGCUAAAAUGGAGAUGGACUCUCUAUACUGACUGCCAGGUGUAAAGGGCGGAGAUUAUCACGAUUGACAGGGAGCUAAGAUGGAGGCGGCUCUCUCUAUACUGACUGCCAGGUGUAAAGGGCGGAGCUUAUAACAAUGAUUGACAGGGAGCUAAGAUGGAGGCGGCUCUCUCUAUACUGACUGCCAGGUGUAAAGGGCGGAGCUUAUAACAAUGAUUGACAGGGAGCUAAGAUGGAAGCGACUCUCUCUAUACUGACUGCCAGGUGUAAAGGGCGGAGCUUAUAACAAUGAUUGACAGGGAGCUAAGAUGGAGGCGGCACUCUCUAUACUGACUGCCAGGUGUAAUGGGUGGAGCUUAUCACAAUGAUUGACAGGGAGCUAAGAUGGAGGCGGCUCUCUCUAUACUGACUGCCAGGUGUAAAGGGCGGAGCUUAUAACAAUGAUUGACAGAGAGCUAAGAUGGAGGUUGCUCUCUCUUUACUGACUGCCAGGUGUAAAGGGCGGAGCUUAUAACAAUGACUGACAGGGAGCUAAGAUGGAGGCGGCACUCUCUAUACUGACUGCCAGGUGUAAAGGGCGGAGCUUAUAACAAUGACUGACAGGGAGCUAAGAUGGAGGCGGCUCUCUCUAUACUGACUGCCAGGUGUAAAGGGCGGAGCUUAUAACAAUGAUUGACAGGGAGCUAAGAUUUUUUUUUUCUGCUUGUUUAACCUUCAUGUUUGUGUUUUUGACAGGAUUCUUCAAUAAGCCACUUAAACAAUCCAUCUUGAGAAAUAACAAGAUUCUUAAUGAAAAAUCAACCGACAAGAAACCUUCAAUAUUGGACUUGAGCUUGUCCAAUAAACUCAAAAAUCAGAUCCCAAAUAUUAGGGUGCAGCAGACGCUAACGGAAGCAGUGGAUGUCAUUAUCUCUAUACCAUUAUGUGCACAAAAUAACACAAAGAUUACGUUUGUUACAAUAGGAUCCCCAGGGAAUGCUAACACUUGGCUUCAUGUAGUUGCUGUGAGGAAUAAGACUAUGCACAGCAAUUCUUCCAGUUGUCACACUAGCUUCUGUAAGGAGGCCAUAAUGCCGGAACUGGUCGUAUGUGUGGCUGUAGGAACCGGGACUAAUAAAACAAAACUCUACUUUUCCAAUGUGACCGAUCAGUCACUUUUAUUAAACAUAGAAACUGGUUCUACUAUUAGUGUGAAGCCAAUUACAAGUUCUGGUGCCGUCAAUACCGCCACGAUCUAUGUAAAAAUUAAUGCAGUCAGCAAUAGGACGUGCAUAGGUGAAUUAAAAAACUCAGGCUAUUCUCAAAAUAUGACAGCAAUCGACAUAUCAGCUGUUACUAAUCUAAACUGUUUACCCCCCUCCACCACGAGUUCAACGGUUUCCAGCAAAGGUACCAGCAGCCAGCAGACAUCAACAACUAUGGACAUUACUCAUCCAUCAGAACCUGGGGAAAAGGUGGGUCCGUGUGAAAAUAAUAGACAACAAUCUGUGUGGAAUGUUUACGUGUCAAAUAGACUAAAAUCGCACAACUUGAAUUGUUCAGAGGAGUCAUGAAAUGCAAUAUGUGCCAUAUGCAUAAAGAUCGGGUCCUUUAACCCCUUAAGGACACAUGACAUGUGUGACAUGUCAUGAUUCCCUUUUAUUCCAGAAAUUUGGUCCUUAAGGGGUUAAAUAAGAAAGUUUAAAAAAUAAUGCAGCUUAGCAAAUUGAAUUACAGAUAAUAAUUCUAUCCAAAACUGUUAAAUUAACUAGCCAGUGCUCUUCAUUUUAUUAACAUUAAGAGUAUAGUAUUCAUAUCAUGGUUACUGUCUGUAGAUACGACAUCAUCAACAAUUUUGUAUCACAGUUUACUGUAUUUUACUGCAGAUACACAGAUUAGAUACAAAUCCAUUACCAACAGGGCUUUAUGGGACAUGGGACAGUUUCACUCAUCAAAUAGUAUAAAUGCAGCUUCUCUUCAGCCCUUAAGGAUGGAGGUAAUUGUACACAUUCUGGUUAAAACAAAACGUAAACAAAACCUGGAAUUUGAACCAUAUGUCAACUUUAAUUCCCCGCUUUCCUAUUAAGUGCACCCACCCUUAUUAUAUAUCAUUUUGUUCAGGAGAAACAGGGUUUUCACAUCAGAUAUUUAUAUAUGAAACAUAAUUUGUGAGAACAUAAAGUGAGGGCAUUGCUAGAUAUGCUAGGUUAUGAUAUAGGCCCCUGAAGUCUAAUCCGCUGUGUUGCCGGUACCUAGCUAGUUUGACUGUAUAGAUAAGCAUAUCACUUAUGAGUUACUCAACACAGGUUAAGGUCGCAUUAGGUGGGCGACAUAGUUCAACAUGAAAGGAUAUGGCAUUAGAUUAAUAUUCAGGCUAUUCUACGCUGUAAAAACAUGUUAUAACAUUGCUAACGUUCGUCUGUCUCAGGGAGGUCAGGCUUGAAAAUAUUGCGAGAUAUAGUCCUCUAUGACUGCAUGGAUGUGGUGGCAUGACAGCAGUCCAGGCCGCAGUGCGGCAGUGAGAGUCAGUGAAAGUCAGCCUACUCCUGUAGUCGGCACUGGCAGGGCACAUACCGGAAAGUCCCAUGGGGCCUUGGUGUCGCUGAUCAUGGAAGCUAGAGGGACUCCGCCGUUGCCUCCCGGUCCUGUGUGAGUGCCUUGGGUGGUGGGGAUGUAUGCUUUGUGGUGUGACAGUUUCUCUGCUCCCCAUGCUGUUUGGCGAGUGAGAGACUCUGUGUGUCCCUUUGAUGUGGAGGUAAAGCCCUUCAGAGUGCUGUGAAUCGCUGCAAUUGGGUAGAGCGUUGACAGGCUUUCUUGACUUCACCUGGUGUAGGCUGGGUAUAGGCCCCUCGAGUGCGCCAUUUUAGUUUGUGGAGCGGCGGGCUGCGUUUGGUGGCUCUCCGAGCCUGUCGGGACUCAGGCUUGCAGUAUCGGGUGCUCCCAGUAUCGGUCUGCUGCCUUUAAGUCUGGGUAGAGCUUUUGUUACCUUCUGCAGCUUCGUGUUGGUCGGUGGCGUAGCUAUGCAUUUCAGCGCUGGUACUCUUGCAGGAGAGGUAGCGGGCAGUCGGGGGACCGCUGUGGCUGCUUGGUUUUGUGCCAGUAUGGCCUGCCACCGUGUCCAUAAGAGGUCGAAUGCUGCCGCUAUGCGGUCCUCCUGAGGGUUCAAGCUUGCCAGCUGCGCUGAGAGAGGUUGGACAAGUGGGGGCCUAGAAGCUCGGUCGGCAGCCGCCAUCUUGGCCUCUGGGUAUGUGCUGCUUGCAGUCCUGGGAGCUUGUGGGGUUCUGUAGCCUUGUGGAGUCUGGACCGGGAUGACCUCCGCUGGUCCAUGGAGGGGGGACAGUGGCCCUUAGUCGUCGAGGUGGCUAGUCGCGGCGGUGGGAGAGCGGCUGUCCUUCUCGCGCUCGCCUUGUGAGUAGGCUUCGAUUGCCGUAUCGGUGAAAGUAGCUUGUAGCGCCGUUUGUGGUGUACCAUUCUGUUCUGCUUAAUGUCCCCUUACGGUUGGUGGCCGUUGUGGCCCGAUUAGUUGCUUUUGGAGCGUGAAAAUUGCUUUUGAGUGUAGCUUAUUGCAGGAGCUUGUGUGGUUCACGUCCUCCAGGCUCUGCGGUCAGGCCCCGCCCCCAUUUUAAGUGUAUUUUGAUAUCAAUAUAUAUAUACAAAAAACAGAAAAUAAGUUGAUCCUAUGGAAAGUCCCUGAGAGGACUGAAAUGUUGAUUUACGGAUUUACAUGUUUCAAUAAAGGAAUUCUUUUUAUUGAAGACCGUGAGUGCAGCCAAUAUUUAUGUUUUUCAUAUAUAUAUAAAUAUUAAUAAUAAAAUACAAUUAAUAAAUAUACUAUUUUAUAUAAUAUAAGUUAAUUAAAGCAUGCUAAUAAUAUAUUAUACAUAUAUAUUACAUAUAUAAUUUAUUUCCAAGUGUAUUUAGAUAUUAAUAUAUGUAUUAAUAUCAAAAUACAGGAACAAUGAAAUUAUAUAUGUAAUAUAUAUGUAUAACAUAUUAUUGGCAUGUUUUAAUUAACUUAUAUUAUAUAUAUAUAAAACAUGUAUAAUAUAUUAUUAGAAACUUUCUUUCAUUCUUUUUUUUUCACCUUCUGGAGACUGCCUGACAACUCAGACCGUCCCCCUGCAGGCAGAGCUGCAGAAAGCCAUAACCAGGACAACAACACUGUAGCUGUUAGGGAAUAGAGUUACGUAUUCCAAAUUAAACUCACGGCGAGGACUACACGGGCAGGAUCCUUGCACCAUAACUACUUCACCACGUUUUAAUAAAUGUCAGAUUAAAAAUAUGAGAAAUAAGGAAAUAGUAUCAAUCAUGACUUGGUUAAAAAUAACCAAGUAUGUGGGGGAUGGAUAACGUCAGUUAACGUCAGAAGUGAUGUAUCAUUUAACCUGAGUGUGCAACAAAAUAUCUUGUAUCCAUAAAUCGUGAGAAAUAAAAUGAUCGUGGCUUACUUAAAGCAAUCAAAUAGAAAUAUUGGCUGUAAUUGUAACUCUUACAAUAAGACAGCUAUCAGUAUCCUGUGAAACAUUAAUCUCUUCCAUUUUGUCCAGUCGGCAGCUCCAACUAAGGAGAUCUGGAGCACCUCGUCCUCUCCACCAACUAAGACAACAGUGAAUUCUAAGGCUUCUACACAGACAUGUAAGUUGGCAGCUUGCAAGUCAGGGGACAUCAAAAGGUUUCUGGCCAGUGUUUUCUGAACAGUAUGCACACAAUGACACACACAGACAUAGUAUACACACAAUGACACACACACUCAGACACAGUAUACACACAAUGACACACACACUCAGACACAGAAUACACACUAUGACACAUGCACACAGACAUGGUGUACGCACAAUACAACACACACAUACAUAGUAUACACACAAUGACACACACAGACAUAGUAUACACACAAUGACACACACACUCAGACACAGUAUACACACAAUGACACACACACUCAGACACAGUAUACACACUAUGCCACAUGCACACAGACGUGAUGUACGCACAAUAAAACACACACAUACAUUGUAUACAAACAAUGACACACACAGACAUAGUAUACACACAAUGACACACACACUCAGACACGGUAUACACACAAUGACACACACACUCAGACACAGUAUACACUAUGACACACACACAUACAUAGUAUAUACAUAAUGACACACACACUCAGACACAGUAUACACUAUGACACACACACACACAGACAUGGUAUACACACAAUGACACAUACACGCACAUACAUAGUAUACACACAAUGACACACACAGACACAGUAUACACUAUGACACACACAGACACAGUAUACACUAUGACACACACACAGACAUAGUAUACACACAAUGACACACACUCAGACACAGUAUACACACAAUGACACACACACACACAUACAUAUAUAGUAUACACACAAUGACACACACUCAGACACAGUAUACACACACAGACACAGUAUACACUAUGACACACACACUCAGACACAGUAUACACACAAUGACAAACACAGACAGUAUACACACUAUGACACACGCAUACAGAAAUGGUUGACACAAAAUUACACACACACACUUAGACACUGUAUACACACAAUAACACACACACAGUAUACACAAAAUGACACACUGCUAUACACAAUACCCACCAUGACAUAAUAUUACAAACACACUUAGACACAGCAUACACACACUGUUACACACACACAGUGAUUCACAUACACACACAGUCAGACAUGGUAAAUACAUUUGUAAGUAUUUUUUUUUAGUGAUUUAAGGAAUUAUCACCUUCAAAAUGGUUUUCCUCUUGUGAUGGCAGGUGCUGUAAUGUCACAAAUGUAAAAUUAAUUAUGCAAAUGAGAAUACAAGUAUUUUUUUUCCAAUAAAGGUGGCAACACUAAGGUCAACUGAUAUGAAAUAUAUUAUAUUACUGUCUGCCUAUAAAGUCAGUUGAUAUACAUUAUAUUAUAUUACAAUCUAUAAUAUCAGUUAAUAUGAGAUUUGUUACAGUCUAUUUGCUAAGUAGUUGUGAGAUAUAUUUAAUUUUAGUCUAAAAUGGCGGCUGCAUUUUAUAUAUAUAAUAUUACAGUCUAUAAUGGCAAUUAAUGUAGGAUUUAUUUUAUUUCAUUACAUAAGAUAAGGACAGUUGAUAGGAGAUAUAUUGCAUUAUAAUCUAUAAGGUAGACUCAUAUUGGAUAUUUUAUAAUACGCUGUAAGGACAGCUGAUAACUGAGCUAUAUUCCAUAGUUAAUUAUUAUACCAGCUGGUAUGAUAUAACAAUUUAUUGCUAAAUAUAAUAUGACGUCACCAGAUGAUAUUCAUUUAGAUAAAGCGUUUUGCUGAAAACAAUGCAUUUUCCUCUCCUGAGAUUUUCUCACGAGCACAAACAAUACAGCUCCCGGUUACAUAUUAGUUAAACCACGUAUGAAAUAAACAGUUACACGUUAGCAGCUGACACUGGUCUGGACUGGUGUAAGAUACAGGAGGUAGACCUUCUCUGAGAAUUCAAGGAAGAGGAAGAUAUUUUCUGUUAACUAUUGCACAAUGGCAGAACUCCAUAUCAUUAAUAUCAUUUGAAAUAUUUAUGAUUAAUGUUUGUAAGUGUUGCCUUAUAUAUAAAAUAUGUUUUACUUGUAUAUAAUUGCACUAUCACAUACUGGAGACACAGAUGGUUUGAUGGUUACAAUGAAUAGACCUGGGCCUAUUACUGGAGCAGAGAGGGCAAAUAGCUGUAGAGAUAAGACUGGGCGAAAUAAACCAUUUUUCUUCAGGCCCCCAUCCAUCGUACAGUUGCCGAAUGUAUUAGCAACCAUUCAACAUUCCGGUUCCGGAACAUUGUCAUAUAAAUGUAUAAAAAUUCUCCAAGACAGUAAGUUUUAAGUUCGGCUAAUUUGAUCAAAAAUUUGAAAUUUACCUGAAUUUUAGACAGUUUACACUUUAGUGAAUAAUUGUGGAAACUACGGUCAUCAAUAGCUUUGCAAGGCCCAGGGAGAAAUCUAUCCUUUCCUUCCAUCCAUUCAUCCAUCAACACAUUCCAUUCUUUCCUUCCAACCAUCCAUCCAACCAUCCAUUCCAUCUUUUCCUUCUAUCCAUCAUUCUAUCUACCUAUCUGACCACCUAUUCCAUCCUCUCCUUCCAUCCAUCCAUUCUUCAUCCAGCCAUCUAUUAUUCAUCAAUCCAUCCUUUCCUUCCAUCAAUCCAUCCCAUCCUUCAUCCAUUCAUCCAUCCAUCCAUCCAUCCCAUAUUAAUCCAUCAAUCCAUUUAUCCAUCCAUCAAUCCAUCCCAUCCUUUCCUUCCAUCCAUCUAUCCAACUACCCACCCCUUCCUUCCAUCCAUCCAUCACAUCCUUCAUCCAUCCAUCCCUAUUAAUCCAUCCAUCAAUCCAUCCAUUAUUAAUCAUUAUUAAUCCAUCAAUCUAUCCAUCCAUCAAUCAAUCAAUCAAUCCAUCCCAUCCUUCAUCCAUCCAUUAUUAAUCCAUCCAUCCUUCACCCAUCCAUUAAUAAUCCAUCCACCCAUCCCAUCCUUCAUCCAUCCAUUAUUAAUCCAUCCAUCCUUCACCCAUCCAUUAAUAAUCCAUCCACCCAUCCCAUCCUUCACCCAUCCAUUAUUAAUCCAUCCAUCCAUCCAUCCCAUCCUUCACCCAUCCAUUAUUAAUCCACCCAUCCCAUCCUUCACCCAUCCCAUCCUUCACCCAUCCAUUAUUAAUCCAUCCAUCCCAUCCAUUAUUAAUCCAUCCAUCCCAUCCAUUAUUAAUCCAUCCACCCAUCCCAUCCUUCACCCAUCCAUUAUUAAUCCAUCCAUCCAUUAUUAAUCCAUCCAUCCCAUCCUUCACCCAUCCAUUAUUAAUCCAUCCACCCAUCCCAUCCUUCACCCAUCCAUUAUUAAUCCAUCCAUCCCAUCCUUCACCCAUCCAUUAUUAAUCCAUCCAUCCCAUCCAUUAUUAAUCCAUCCAUCCCAUCCAUUAUUAAUCCAUCCACCCAUCCCAUCCUUCAUCCAUCCAUUAUUAAUCCAUCCAUCCUUCACCCAUCCAUUAAUAAUCCGUCCACCCAUCCCAUCCUUCACCCAUCCAUUAUUAAUCCAUCCAUCCAUCGAUCCCAUCCUUCACCCAUCCAUUAUUAAUCCACCCAUCCCAUCCUUCACCCAUCCAUUAUUAAUCCAUCCACCCAUCCCAUCCUUCACCCAUCCAUUAUUAAUCCAUCCAUCCCAUCCAUUAUUAAUCCAUCCAUCCAUUAUUAAUCCAUCCAUCCCAUCCUUCACCCAUCCAUUAUUAAUCCAUCCACCCAUCCCAUCCUUCACCCAUCCAUUAUUAAUCCAUCCAUCCCAUCCUUCACCCAUCCAUUAUUAAUCCAUCCACCCAUCCAAUCCUUCACCCAUCCAUUAUUAAUCCAUCCAUCCCAUCCUUCACCCAUCCAUUAUUAAUCCAUUCACCCAUCCCAUCCUUCACCCAUCCAUUAUUAAUCCAUCCAUCCCAUCCAUCACCCAUCCAUUAUUAAUCCAUCCAUCCAUCCCAUCCAUUAUUAAUCCAUCCAUCCACCCAUCCCAUCCUUCACCCAUCCAUUAUUAAUCCAUCCAUCCAUCCAUCCCAUCCUUCACCCAUCCAUUAUUAAUCCAUCCAUCCCAUCCUUCACCCAUCCAUUAUUAAUCCAUCCACCCAUCCCAUCCUUCACCCAUCCAUUAUUAAUCCAUCCAUCCCAUCCAUCCCAUCCAUUAUUAAUCCAUCCAUCCCAUCCAUUAUUAAUCCAUCCAUCCACCCAUCCCAUCCUUCACCCAUCCAUUAUUAAUCCAUCCAUCCAUCCAUCCCAUCCUUCACCCAUCCAUUAUUAAUCCACCCAUCCCAUCCUUCACCCAUCCCAUCCUUCACCCAUCCAUUAUUAAUCCAUCCAUCCCAUCCAUUAUUAAUCCAUCCAUCCCAUCCAUUAUUAAUCCAUCCACCCAUCCCAUCCUUCACCCAUCCAUUAUUAAUCCAUCCAUCCAUUAUUAAUCCAUCCAUCCCAUCCUUCACCCAUCCAUUAUUAAUCCAUCCACCCAUCCCAUCCUUCACCCAUCCAUUAUUAAUCCAUCCAUCCCAUCCUUCACCCAUCCAUUAUUAAUCCAUCCACCCAUCCCAUCCUUCACCCAUCGAUUAUUAAUCCAUCCAUCCCAUCCAUUAUUAAUCCAUCCAUCCCAUCCAUUAUUAAUCCAUCCACCCAUCCCAUCCUUCACCCAUCCAUUAUUAAUCCAUCCAUCUAUUAUUAAUCCAUCCAUCCCAUCCUUCACCCAUCCAUUAUUAAUCCAUCCACCCAUCCCAUCCUUCACCCAUCCAUUAUUAAUCCAUCCAUCCCAUCCUUCACCCAUCCAUUAUUAAUCCAUCCAUCCAUCCCAUCCAUUAUUAAUCCAUCCAUCCCAUCCUUCACCCAUCCAUUAUUAAUCCAUCCAUCCAUUAUUAAUCCAUCCAUCCCAUGCAUCCUUCACCCAUCCAUUAUGAAUCCAUCCAUCCAUUAUUAAUCCAUCCAUCCCAUCCUUCACCCAUCUAUUAUUAAUCCAUCCAUCCCAUCCAUUAUUAAUCCAUCCACCCAUCCCAUCCUUCACCCAUCCAUUAUUAAUCCAUCCAUCCCAUCCCAUCCUUCACCCAUCCAUUAUUAAUCCAUCCAUCCAUUAUUAAUCCAUCCAUCCAUCCCAUCCUUCACCCAUCCAUUAUUAAUCCAUCCUUCACCCAUCCAUUAUUAAUCCAUCCAUCCCAUCCAUUAUUAAUCCAUCCAUCCCAUCCCAUCCUUCACCCAUCCAUUAUUAAUCCAUCCUUCCCAUCCCAUCCUUCACCCAUCCAUUAUUAAUCCAUCCAUCCAUUAUUAAUCCAUCCAUCCCAUCCCAUCCUUCACCCAUCCAUUAUUAAUCCAUCCAUCCCAUCCCAUCCUUCACCCAUCCAUUAUUAAUCCAUCCAUCCAUCUCACCCAUCCUUCACCCAUCCAUUAUUAAUCCAUCCAUCCAUUAUGAAUCCAUCCAUCCAUUAUUAAUCCAUCCAUCCAUCCCAUCCUUCACCGAUCCAUUAUGAAUCCAUCCAUCCAUUCUGCAUCCAUCUAUGCAUGGGAAAGCGGUAAGAGAGUUGUGCAUUGUAGGAUUCAGUGAACACAUCUAUAUCUGCCCUCUUGCACUAACCCAUUCAUGGACCUGUGAAGAUCAGCAAUCAUAGGAGGCCAGGAAGGAAUCAUUAGUUUUAAUAUUUUCAAACUUUCAUGAAGUAGCUCCCAGGAGCUUGGGCCCAAAGCAGAGAAUCUUCUAAACCUUUCUACAGCUGGUUCUGGAUAAAAUGCAGACUGCAAUCUACUUAGAUCUGGGUGAGAAUGGGCAAAAGAGAAGACCAUCUUCCAAAAAAGAUAUAUAUAUAUAAUUAGUUUGUCUAUGUAAAGAUGUUCAGAUCAGUGAUAUGAAACUAUCAUUAACUAAUCAAUAAAAGUUUGAAUGCAGGUGUUUUUAGAGGAGCCGAGUCAGAUAUAUUGUUUAUAUGUAAUUUCUAUUGCAUGUAUCCAGAGUACAAUGUGUCAAACUCUGGGCUUAUUAGCUAAACAGCGAGUUCCGAUAACUUUAUAAAAAUUUUACAAAAUUAAGGCUCAGUUGUCCUGUUGGAUAAAAUCUGCAUUCACUUGACCAGGGUAUAUUUCAAAUCUUUGCAAGGUAAAUUAGUAGUGAUGGUUAUUCACUAAAAUUAGAAUUUUCAGGAAUUCUCUAAAAAGUUAAAAAUCUAAAUCCAAACCAGCAGAACUCAAUCUGUCGAUGACCACUUUGUCUUAUAAUUUUAAACUCUCCCAAAAAAUUACAGUUUAGUUAAUAAUCCGUUGUGCUAGAUUAAAAUAAAAAUUACAAUAUAAUGUGACUAAAGUCACAUUAUUUUACAAUAUAAUUCUCUUUAAUAUUACGUAAUGACUAGUAUUGCUGCCUAGAAAUUGUAACUUGUAAGAGAAAAUAUCUUGUUUUUUAAUUAAUUAUAUGAACGGUUUCCCAUUUUUUUCUCAUUUCUCUGCAGACGAUAUAAUGGUUCCCUCCAGCCUUAUCAUUCUUUCUAUGUAUCUUUUCAAGUAACUGGGCAUCUACUCUCGGUAAGACGAAGUUCCAAAACACAUGAACUGUAUUCUCUACCUUUUCAUUAGAAAAACACUAUAAGCAAAUGGCAAAAACUAGCUACAUGGCAAGAUACAUCUACAUUGCCCGCCAAGCAACCAAGAGGGCUGCAGGUCAAGCAAGACUACCCACAAUGCACCAUUUAAAAUUCUGAGUGUGGGAUUAUAACUAGGCACUGGUGACCUGGACCCUCUAAUACACAGGGGUAUGGUGUGUAGGAGAAACCAGAGGAGAUGAUGAAAAGGCUGAGAACAUGAUAAAUGUUAGAGAGGGCAGGAAAAUAUCAAUCAUUGGGGAAGAAUUAAUAAUUUUAUAAAGUUUUCUCUUCUAAAAAUUGCUGCAGAAAUGUAAAAGAAAAGAAGUCACCAAUGGAAUGUACCUGUUAAUUUCUUGGGUUUCCAUGGUGAUUGCCCAACUGUUAUCACAAUAGGCGAGUUUAGACCAGAACACUUUGAUGACUCUUUUUUCUCAUUGUCUAUUCUCUAGUUAUUAAGAGGUCUUAACCUCAAACAUAUAUUAUCCCCAAUCCAGACAUAUCAAGUCACAACGUUUGCAAAUGUUCCUCCUGUUAAGCAAUGUCUGGAGGACUGUUGUAAAGUUAGCAUGAACGCAUGUUGAAAUGCUCCUUGGUUGCACUUGGCUGCUCCCAUUCUCAGAAGUCUUUCAAAAACAUCCCCUUCCAACCCUAACCUUACAAUGUCCAUAACCUUUUCCGUGUCACUGCAAAGAUUUUCCGUAUUUCAAAUGCUGCACACUUACAGUGUAGAUCAUGAAUGAAUUGUGCCUUUUUUAGCUCAACAUCUUUAUGUCAGCAUUGUAACUGUAUACAUGCUCCUGGUUAUUGAGAAAUCUAGACGAUCCAUCUACAUUUUAGUUUUACUGGCCCAUGUACUGAUAAAGAGAGUUUGGGGAGUGAGACACAAUCCCUUGCCCCUCUCUAUAAUUUAAUUUAAUUAUUUUAAAUGCUUCUGCAGAAACUGCAUUACUUUCCAGCAAAAAAUCUAAUUAGUGCCUGUCAUUCCAAAACACGUCAUGAAAUCCAUACUUUGUAAAUAUUUAUGAAUCCAUUGACUAAGUUGUCUUUUUUUUAAUUUUUUUACCAGAUUCUUCUCGUUACAAAUUGCUGGAAUACAGCAAGUUACAGCCAAUCAUGAUUGCCUAAUGAAAAACGUCAAACAAACUGGUUUCCUCUGUGUGAAUGUAGCUCCAAUACCCCUGGCGCACAAUGACCUAAACACACGCCUUCUCUCACAGUCACAGUGGGAUGGCGUUACAUCGAUCAUUCUGACCUAUUCUUCAGUAAUAUCCAAACCAUGACUGCAGACCCAUAGUUAAAGCAUUUUGUUCAAAACUAAAUAAGAUGAAAGAUUAAUUCAGCGUUUGUAUAAUACUGAAACAGUUCUCUCUUGCAACUUAACAACCAAAUUCGGUGUCAUCCGGUCUCUCUCAAGUAAAACAGAGGGGUAGAUGCAGCGCCUGAAGUGUCCUUAAAAGAUUACGUAACGACAAAAGUAGAGAAAAUAGAGGAACUGAUAGUGUAUGAAGUCUUUGUAGUGAUGGAUAAAUGAAAAUAUUAGAUGUGCACUUUGCUGGACCUGCUAUCCAGCUCCGACUUUAGCUACUGAGCGGUAUGAUCCCCGUCUAAGGACAUAGUGUAAUUCUUAUAUUGCAGGUAAGGGUAGGUAGAGAGUCUCGCAGGCAUAAAAGGAGAACAGAGUAAAAAAAUAUAGUGCAGUACUGUAAGUAUAAAAUUCCAGAGGUGUAUAUCUAUAUACCUACUUAAUUUUGGAAUCUUAUACUCAAAAUAUUUGAUACACUAUCAUUUCCUGUAUUUUCUCUAAUUUUAGUGUUACAUAACCUUUUUACCCCUUAAGGACCAAACUUCUGGAAUAAAAGGGAAUCAUGACAUGUCACACAUGUCAUGUGUCCUUAAGGGGUUAAGGACACUUUGGGCUGCAGCUACCCCUAUGUUUUAUUUUGUUUAAAACAAUCUUGUCUUUUUUUUCCCAUAAAAUCAUUUGUUUCUUUUAAUGGGACUGUCUAAGCACCAUAACUACUACAGCAUCCUAUUACAAACAGUUUAAUAAUUACCUGACACCCUGGUACUCGUGGCCUGUUUUAUUAUGCUAAAGAGAAAGUUGGUGCUUCUACAUUAUCAUACCGAUGCAUAAGAAACUCUGGACGUUAUUCACUGGGUGAGAUUGUUAGCUGAGGCUGACGCAUGCGAUAUAAUAUUGAGUAAAUUGAGUAAAGAGUAAAGCAAAAUUAUUGAAAACUUGCUUUACAGGUAACAGAAAGCUCAAUCAAAUACAAUAACUAUUGAUACAAAUAUGUCCAUUUAAUACUUUAUUGGGCAGCCCAGUGCAAGCAGGCAAUCAGUGUGUAUAUGAGGUUCAGGUGUAGAGAAAGAUAGACUCAACUCAACUACAAUUUCUGUAAUGCUUUGUCAGCUUAGGGAACCCUCCCCGUCAUAGGGUGAUAUUGAGGAAUGGCCAGGUUGCCCUGAAAUCGCUUUCCGUUGCCUGAAUCUUUUACAACGAAAUGCGUUAAGCUGUUAUUAUUCAAGCAGAGAAUUCACUUUUCUCUUGUAUAAUUGUGGCUUUGAUACAAUCCGAUACACUGGUGCUUUAAGAAUCGCUGUAGGUAGAUCCUACUGUUGGUAUUUAUUUGGGCUGUGUGUAUACCCCUCCGAUCUUUGUGACUUUCUAAUAUUUAUCUUUUAAUUGGAUAUUUUAAAUUUUUACACUCUAUUUCUAUUUCGAUUCUAUUUCUAGGCUGUGGGUGAAUUUAGAUUUUCACAAUGUAAUUAUAAUUCACAAGAUAUCGAUAAAGUUAAUUCUAAAUAUAUAUUUGGUGUCUUCAUUUUGUCUUUUUUUUUACAUUUUCUGUGCACAGUAAUGUGUAUUCAAAUACAAUAUAUAUGACACGUUGAUAUACAUUUUCAUGUUUUAUAUAUUUUCUAUGGUCAAUACAAUAAUAAAG